AUGAAUACAAUUAUACAACUAUUGAGUUUUGUAAGAGAUGUUAGUGGACACAGGUAUUAUGAUUCAUCCUCAUCUGAUUGUCAUUUCUACAAGCCAAAGCAUCAUUAUAAAAUUGAUUGUUGGGAUUAUGAUUAUGAUUGCAAGCCAACAUUUGAUAGUUGGUAUGACAAUGAUUGUUAUCCAAAACCAGACUGCCAUGGAUGUGAAUAUUACAAGUUUAAUGAUGCAACCUGGCAAGCACCACACUGUUCUACUAGAAACAAUUUACCAGAGGAAAAGUAUGGUUUUUCUAUUGGUGAUGUUGAUGUACCAUUUGUUACAGGAGGAUGCAAACCUGAAUUGUAUGAUGACUGGUGCUAUGACAGAUACGACAAACAUUCAUAUGGUAAAAGAAAGGUUGUUGUUUAUAAGAAAGUAAGUGGAUGUAAAUCAGCUGAAGAAAUCAUAAGAACAUAUGACUUCUUUAUUAACCUUGGAUAUGUAAGAGAAAAUAAUGAAUACAUGUACAAAGUUUUCAUUGCUCCACAUUUUUCUGUUGUUCCAAAUUCUGAUGGUCUUAUUAAGAUUGAAUUUGACUAUGAAUGUUUGAGCAACUUUAAUUUGCUUGGAUAUGUUGCCGUAUCUAAACCAUCUUACAGAAGAUGCAAUGAUAUUAGAUAUAUGGCUGCUUACAAAAGAUAUGGUGAAAAGUUCUGUGCAUUUACCUAUUAA